CGUUUUUCUGUUGCGUUAUAGUUUGCAGUGCGUAGCAAAGUUCGAUAAAAGAGUGGUAAGCAAAUGGCGCAAGUACCUUGAAAGAUACGACGUGAAGCGAAGCCAGUGAGCCUUACGGCGGGAAAAAGAAAGAAAAAGCAAACAAGCUAAAGCAAUCAAACCCUCCACUACAAAGCAACCUCUCUUCUUCCCCCCCCCCUCUCUCUCUCUCUAAAUAAAACUAGAAGACGAAUCUCCGUCUCUGUUUUCUGUCACAGACAUUUCGAGAGGGAGAGAGGGACAGAGAGAGAGAGAGAGUCUCGGAGCCUCUCCAAGCUAGCUACUGAUAGUGAUAUACAUUCUUCUCUAGCUCUUUCAUUCUAGGGAAAGAAGAGAAACUGACAGGAACAGAAAGAAACUGGCUUUACUUUUGGUUUGAUGAAGAAGAGAGCCUGAAAGUUGUAUGAAUGAGUAGAGAAAAUGGAGAGUCCUGCUCCAACAGGCAACAAUGAGAGGAGCAACACGUUCAAAGUUGAUACAUGGUUUAGCCAAUUCCGGAAUGGCUCGAAUCCAUGGAUGGCUAGAUAUGUUUAUGGUCUUAUGUUUCUGCUAGCAAAUCUUCUGGCAUGGGCCGUCCGGGAUUACGGAAAGAGCUUCUUGAUGGAGAUGAAAAGGUUAGAAAGAUGUGAAGGUCAAAAUGAAUGUUUGGCUGCAGAAGGUGUUCUUCGUGUGAGCUUGGGAUGCUUUUUGUUUUAUUUCUCUAUGUUUCUUUCAACCGUGGGUGCCUCGAAGUUGAAUGAGUCCAGAGAUACUUGGCAAUCUGGAUGGUGGUCUGCUAAGAUUGUCCUGUGGAUUGCUUUCAUUAUCAUCCCCUUUUUGCUUCCUUCGGCUAUUAUAAAGAUCUAUGGUGUGGUUGCACAUUUUGGCGCAGGGGUAUUUCUUCUGAUUCAGCUAAUAAGCAUAAUCAGUUUCAUUAGAUGGGUGAAUGAUUGCUGUCAGUCUUCGAAAUCAGAAAGAUGCCAAAUUCAUUCAAUGCUAAUUGCAACAACUGCAUAUGUUGUAAGCUUAGUGGGGAUCAUAAUGAUGUACAUAUGGUAUUCACCAGAUCCAUCUUGCUUCAUCAACAUUUUCUUCAUUACCUGGACAUUAGUACUACUUCAACUCAUGACGAGCGUCUCUCUCCACCCAAAAGUGAAUGCUGGUAUCUUGACUCCGGGGCUCAUGGGGCUCUAUAUAGUAUUUAUCUGCUGGUUUGCCAUUAGAAGUGAGCCAGUAGCAGGGAACCUUUGCAACAGGAAGGCAGAAGCUUCACAGCAUAGGGAUUGGCUCAGCAUUAUAAGCUUUGUUAUUGGUGUACUUGCAAUCGUUAUUGCAACAUUUUCAACAGGCAUAGACUCCAAAUGCUUUCAGACACUGCAGUUCAAGAAGGACGAGACUGAAUCCGAGGAUGACGUUCCAUAUGGCUAUGGCUUCUUCCAUUUCGUUUUCGCCACAGGAGCAAUGUAUUUUGCAAUGCUAUUGAUCAGUUGGAAUACUACUAAUCACACCAUGGAAAAGUGGACAAUUGAUGUGGGCUGGACUAGCACUUGGGUCAGAAUCGUGAACGAGUGGAUCGCUGUCUGUGUGUAUUUGUGGAUGCUGGUUGGUCCAAUUAUAUGGAAGAGUAGACAAACAGCUGAAUCCGUCGUAUAAAUUCGAAGAAAUUAUGUGGUUGUACAUAUGACACUCGAGCCUUGGCAAGAGAGGAAGGACUAUUUGCAUGUUCAAGAAGUGCCAUUGAGGCCGUGAGCCACCCCCUGCCAGCACUAAACUGAUGAACUGACUGGGAGAGUCCAAUUUCUACAGCAAUUCAAGCCUCUAGGACCUCUGAGAGGGUUUAAGAGGGCAAAAGACCACAUACAAGUUGCCCAAUACUUUAGCUUCUCCUUAUUUCUUACAAUACCGAAGAGCAUACACAUAUCUUAUCAAGAUCGAAACAGUUGUACAGUAUCUUGGAUCCAGUAAUUUCAUGUGGACACUGCAUUAUACACUUGGUUUUCUUUUAGGAUUUUGGUUUUGCCUGUCGAUUUGGAUUGUUCUCUUGCUCCCAAGAAUUUAGGAUUAUUUGUUAGGUUCUAAUUCAGGUCGUUUGUUACCUAUUACAACGAUUAUUAUUAUUAUUAUUAAUUAUUUUUACAA